ACGUCUCAUUAACACCACCAACCCUACUUUUUAUUCAACGAAUAUAAAUAAAUUGGAGCACUGCCAAUUGCCAAAGCGCUUCCUUCACCUCUCUCUUCAACUUUUUUUUUUUUUUUUUGCUUUUGUUCCCCUUCGAUUUCUUCAUCCUCUUCCAAGUUUAUGAUGCCCAGUGUAAUGACAGAGUCAUCAGAUAAAGAGACAGAGGCAUUUGUAGAGGUAGAUCCAACGGGCCGAUAUGGGCGUUAUCCCGAGCUUCUGGGAACAGGGGCGGUAAAGAAAGUGUACAGAGCUUUUGAUCAAGAAGAAGGUAUAGAAGUAGCUUGGAACCAAGUGAAAUUAAGGAGUUUUUCAAAUGAUCCAUCCAUGAUAGAUAGGUUAUAUUCAGAGGUGAGAUUGUUGAGAAGCUUAAAGAACAACAAUAUAAUUGCCUUGUAUGAUGUUUGGCUUGACAAACUUCAUGGAACCUUAAAUUUCAUUACUGAGGUUUGUACAAGUGGGAACCUUAGAGAGUACAGGAAGAAACAUAGACAAGUCUCUUUGAAAGCUUUGAAGAAAUGGUCCAAACAAAUCCUCAAGGGUUUGCAAUAUUUGCACACUAAUGACCCUUGUGUAAUUCAUAGAGAUCUCAAUUGUAGCAACCUCUUUGUCAAUGGCAAUGUUGGUCAGGUAAAGAUUGGUGACUUGGGUUUGGCAGCAACAAUAAGAAAGAAUCACUCAGCUCAUUCAGUGCUUGGAACACCAGAAUUCAUGGCACCUGAGUUAUAUGAAGAGCAUUACACUGAGCUUGUGGAUAUAUAUUCAUUUGGAAUGUGUUUGCUUGAAUUAGUCACUCUAGAAAUUCCCUAUAGUGAAUGUGACAAUGUUGCCAAAAUCUACAAGAAAGUCUCCUCAGGCAUCAAGCCUCAAGCCCUUGGCAAGGUCAAAGACCCUGAAGUCAAGGCUUUCAUUGAGAAUUGCCUUGCUGAAUCCCGAGUCCGGCCUUCCGCCGCCGACCUCCUCCGCCACUCCUUUUUCAGAGAAAUUGAUGAUGACGAAAACGAAGACGACAAUAACGAUCAUUAGUGAAUUGUGUUUAAAUAAGAAUUUACCUAGAUGUGGUUUAUAUAUUUGUGAUGAAUGAAAUUAGUAGUCAAGGUAGCUAGAAUUGGGUUGUGUGCUUUUGUGAUUCAUCUUCAUUAAAGUUGGUUUUAUUGUUAUUGUUAUUAUUAUGUGCUAUCUUCUAAUUGUUUUUUUUAAGAGAUAGCAUGUGGGUUUAAAGUGCUUUCUUUUCCCAUAAUUUUAGGUUUUUAUUUUAUUCAUGUUUAUUUCUUGUACAUAAACACAUCUUUUUAAUUCCCACUUAAAAAUGUCUUUAGUUUAA